CGUAAUAAUAUAAGACGAAUCCCAUUACCAUUAAAGUAUCGUUGAAUAACCUACGUCAUAAUGAAAUCAUAUGUUGACGACCAUAAUUCACCACAACAACGAGCUACAAAACACAAAUUACAAAUAACAAAUGAGGAAAUAAUGAAUGUCCAAUGGACCAAUAAUUACUUUGGAGACGCUGACAAAUACAAUACAAGACUGCGCGGGAAAUAAUGAUUAUUAAUAGGAUGAUAUUGGGAACAUGGCUGAUUAUGAUGCUUUUGAUGCAGACAACACAGAACCUAAUCAAAUUGGCUCAAUUAGAGACCUACUAAACCUUUUAACAGAAGACCAUCCAUCCGGCCAUGCAAGUAUGAUUGACGUUCUUGUAGUAUCCCUAAUGUUAUUUUACUUCGGGCCGAAGAUCGCCAUCAUCGCCGUUCUGUAUAGCAUAUUCAUAACCAUACUACAGUCAAGCGAUCCCCCAACCCAGGGUCAGAAUGAGACAUUCAUGAUUCAAACGUACGAACAGUUCAUGUCCAUUGACAGAGGUCCAGGUUUUAUAGACUUAUUGAUUCUUAUUGUUAUGGUGUGGUGUAUGGGCGCAACGAGUUCCAUGACUGCUGUUAUGUUUGGAGGACUGAUGGCCUGGAAAAGGAUACAUACUAACAACACUGCUAUACGCAUGCGCAGCGUUAAUGGAGAAGAGAAUGCAACCAUCGCUGAGAACGUGAGGCAUUUCAUGGAUAUGGAAGUGGUAGCGUUCACUACUGAGCUACGAGAUACUUUACGUGCCUGGGAGAGUUUUCGAGGAAACACGAGACGGAUCAUCAGACAAGUAAAAAGAAAUCUGACCGAGGAAAGAAACAAACACAAAACAAGUGAAGACAAUGAGACAUAUCUAACAUUAACUGUCUCUAGAAGGAGAAGGCUUAGCUUGUAAAGUGCAAACAUUAGCAUUAAUCACACACCAUUAUAAAUGUUUAUAGUUUCAUUAAUGAUAUUAGAUAAUUUGUUUGUUAUAUCGUUUCACACAAUAAAUACACUUAGGCACUGACAGCGAAUUCAUUAGGACAAUAUAAGAUGUAUAUGCAUUGUACAGAUAACAUCUUUCGGUUCACUCAUCAGUCCAUCAGUCAUCAUUUAUAUCAGAACUCAUUAGUAUCUACGAUCCAUCUUUAGCCCCACAAUCAUACGUUUAACUUAAUGAAUCUUCAUUAAAUUUCCAUUCAAAAUCAGUGAGGGGAACUUUUUGGUACAAGAAUGAUUAUUUUACUGAAUUCUCGACAGUUGCGACGGAGUUUUAUACUAAAAUGAAAAAAUCAAUGAUACUGCGUAUUUUUAUAAAACUUUU